AUGAAUACUAUAGAAAAUUUGACGACAACAGUCGUAACGUCAAAUUCAGCAAUUGAAACAAAUAAUUUAUCACGUCGUACAUCAUUAAAUUCAACUCGUCAUCAUAUUAAUUCAAUUUCUGCUCCAAUACAAAAUAGUCAUAAAAAUAAAACAAAUAGUAGUAAUAUGAUUAUGAAUGAUGAAUUUUCAUCAUCAAAUAGUAUACCAUCAGCUGCUGCUGUUACAGUAGCAUUUGCUAAAGAUAAAAAAAAAAGUUUAACAGCUUAUGAAAAACUUCUAUAUGAUUCACAACAUGAUAUGCGUUUUAAAGCCGAAGAAAAAGCUGGUCGACGUAUUGGAUUUUAUCGUAUUCGAGGUGAUAUUGGUUUGGGAAAUUUUUCUCGUGUUAAACUUGGUGUACAUUUACUUGCUAAAGAAAAAGUCGCGAUAAAAAUUCUUGACAAAACUAAACUUGAUGAACGUACGCAACGUUUACUUCUUCGUGAAAUAACUUCUAUGGAACAUUUACAUCAUCCAAAUAUUGUACGUUUAUACGAAGUUAUUGAAACUCCAAAUGAAAUCUAUAUUGUUACUGAAUACGCACCUGGUGGAGAACUUUAUACACGUAUUUCAAAAGCUGGAAAAUUUGUUGAAGAUGAAGCUAAAUCAAUAUUUGCUCAGUUAACGGCCGCUAUUGAUCAUAUGCAUAGUCAAGGUAUUAUUCAUCGUGAUAUUAAAAGUGAAAAUGUAUUUUUUGCUAAAGAACGUUUAAUAAAAUUAGGUGAUUUUGGUUUUAGUACAUAUUCAGAAAAAAAUCAAACAUUAACAACAUUUUGUGGUAGUCCACCUUAUGCAGCUCCCGAAUUAUUUCGUGAUGAAAGUUAUAUUGGAAUCUAUGUUGAUUUAUGGGCUAUGGGAAUUUUACUUUAUUUCAUGGUUACUGGUUUAAUGCCAUUCCGAGCAGAAAAUGUUGGAAAAUUGAAAAAAUCUAUUAUUGAUGGACAUUAUUCAAUUCCACCACAUGUCUCAGAAGAAUGUCAACUACUUAUACGUGGCCUUCUUCAUCCAGAAGCUGUUCAACGCUGGUCGAUUGAACAAAUUCGUUCAUGUCCAUGGCUUCAUAAUCAAAUAUUUCCAGAUGAACUUGAACCACUCCCAUUAAAUUUAACGAAUUAUUGGACAUCUGUAAAUAAAGAUUUAAGUAAAAAUGAAAAUAAUAAUGAUGGUACAUCAUCGGAUUCUCAAGCACGAACAACUUCAUUUGAAUAUGAAGCACAUUCAAAAUUAGAAGAUUUAGGUAUAACAAGUGAAUUAUUACAAACAACAACAAAAUAUUCAAAUAAUAAAUUUCUUUCAAAUCGUGAUAGUAUUAAUGGUACAUAUCGUAUUAUUUUACAUCGUUUACAAAAACAAUCAAAUCCAAUUGAACGUGAUGAUUUGUAUGAUAAAGCAGUCAAUGAAGAUUUAUCAACAUCAUGGGGUCGUUCAAUGUCUGUUAGUGGUGAAACCGGUGGACGAAAAAAUUCAAUAGGAAAACCAAUUAGUGUUUCAUAUGGUGGAACAAGUGUAAAACCAAAACGAAAUAUAAAUAAAAUUCAUCAAAAUCCAUCAACAAAUUUAAAUAUUCAUCAAUCGACUAAAGUCUGUACGAUUUUAUGA